UCAUUGCUAGUACCGGUAUUCACUUCGAUCCAAGACCCAGUUCAGCUUGCAUGCCAUUCCUCAAACCUUCCUUUUUGGCCAGACCGAGAAAUCUUUUUCAUAGUUAUUUUUCACAAACUCACAAACUCACAAACGCUCCACUUGCCAUAGAAACAAAAAGAAGAACAGAUAGAAACAAUGAAGUCUCUCUUGAAGUUCAUUACCGGUGCGUCCAAGAAGAAGGACCAUGGCAGCCUAAAGAAGAAGGACAUGUUGGAAGGUGAGAUUACUAAAAGCAAGAUUAAGGGUAAGAGUAAGAGUGGCAAGGAGAGAAAGAGCAAGAAAGAGAGAAGGAGCAAGAGGUCUUCCCCAGGCUCUGUCGUCAGUGAACAAACCGAAGCUACUACUCUCAGUGAUGCUGCUGUGAACGAACACUUGAUCCAGGAUUACAUUUCCAAGGUAAAUGAACACGCAUCGGUAGAAGAGCUUCUCCAAUUCUACGCCAGUGAGGAAGUACCCAUCAAGUUUGAUGACAUGGCUCCCAUGCCUGCUGUGGCCGUGCAGACGGAGAUUGUGAAGUUAACCAAGAGCUUUAAGGAUUUCAAGUUCAGCUAUGAUUCUGUCAAGGAAAUCAAACCAGGUGUGGUGCUGGUAGAAGAGUUGGUUGUGUCGGGAACGCACAAUGGGGAACCUUAUAGGUUUGCCGUAUUCCCGCCCGUCCCAGCAUCUGGCAAGCAUGCUGUGUUGGACCCAGAGAGGAUGUGGUUCACCAUGAAUAAGGAUGGGAAGAUUGUCAAGGAGGUCAUCAUGGCACUGGGCAAUCUUACGGGGCCUCCUGGCAUGUACAUUUCUAUUGGAGGAAACAUGGACAUGCCACCCCCACCAGCUGAAGAGGAAGCGCCCUAGGCUGCGUGCUGCAUGGUGUUAGCUUAGGGAUAAUUGUUAUGAUAAUGAACACGGUUGUAUAUGUU